GCCCCUGAUAUGACGACUUCGCUGCUUGUGCAUCCACGCUGGGCGGACACCUUGAUGUACGUUUAUGAAAAAAGCCCGAAUGAAAGCGCUCCGAAUAAAAGCCAAACAAUGGAGGGACUGAGCGGCAAUUGCCCCGCGACUCACUGCAGAGACCUGAUGUCGCACCCCGCCCUGGGAAGACACUCCGGCACCAUAGCGACCCACCAAGGCUCCGUCUACUCGGAUAUUUCCUCGCCGGACACCGCUCGCCAGUGUCCCGCCCCGCAGUCGUCCUCCGGCGCCUCGCUGAGCUACGGCUACCCGUUCGGGGGCCCCUACUACGGCUGCAGGCUCUCCCACUCCCACAACGUCAACUUGCAGCAGAAGCCGUGCUCGUACCACCCCGCGGACAAAUACGCCGAGCCCGGCACCGCUCUCCCCGGCGAGGAACUGUCUAGCCGGGCUAAAGAGUUCGCUUUCUACCCCAGCUUCGCCAGCUCGUACCAGGCCGUGCCGGGAUAUCUGGACGUGUCGGUGGUGCCCGGCAUCAGUGGCCACCCCGAGCCGAGGCACGACGCCCUCAUCCCCAUGGAGGGGUACCAGCACUGGGCUCUCUCCAAUGGCUGGGACGGGCAGGUGUACUGCUCCAAGGAGCAAACGCAGUCCGGUCAUCUGUGGAAGUCGCCGUUUCCAGAUGUGGUGCCCCUGCAGCCUGAGGUGAGCAGUUACCGCCGCGGCCGCAAAAAGCGCGUCCCUUACACCAAGGUGCAGCUGAAGGAGCUGGAGAAGGAAUACGCAGCCAGCAAGUUCAUCACCAAAGACAAGAGAAGGCGCAUCUCGGCCGCCACCAACCUCUCGGAGCGCCAGGUCACCAUUUGGUUCCAGAACCGGCGGGUGAAGGAGAAGAAGUUUGUCAGUAAAUCCAAGAACAGUCACCUGCACGCCACUUGAUGAGGAGGUCCGACAUUAUGCCGCCAUCAUACCUCUCUCAUCGGAAAGAAAACGUCAAAAUCAUUUUUUUUUUUUUUUAAUUCACAUCACAUACCCCCCCCCCCUUUCUCCUCCCAAACUCCGCCGCUGGUUUCAAUUUGGAGUCUCUAAAAACUGUGAAAAAUACUGAAAAUUGACUCCAUAUUUGUUUUAUAUGACUGUACAUAUAUAAAUAUAUAAUAUUUAAAACGAUAUCUGUAUUUCAAAGUCAAGUAUUGUGUGUUUUCUUUUUUUUUAUUUCCAUUUUUCUGUCUUCUCUUUCUCAUUCAAACCAAAUCACGGAAGGAAAGUCGACAUUUCAAAAAGAUCAAGACUGAUUUUUGCUGAUUUUUUUUUUUAUGCUGGGACUUACAAUGACAGGUUGAAGACAAAAUACUUCAACAUACUCGCCGCUGAAGAAGAAAAAAAGAUAAAAAAAAAUGACUUUUGGUCGAAUUUGGAAUUUCAGAGGCGGAAUUUGUUGUUUAUCUGUGUAGUGCAAUGUCUUCUUAUUUAAUUCAUAUUAUGUAGU